GCAUUUUUUUUUUUUUUCCACCAGCAUGGCUUUGGGACUGACCCGAUGUCUGGUGAAAAGAAACGGGGGCUGGCUGCUGCCCGGCCCCGCUGCCAUGGCCAGGGUCCACUACAGGUGUUCGGGAAGCACCUCGUCCGCCACAGUUGUCCAGCACAAGCCUCGGACAGUGAAGGACCUACCACAUGUCAGCUUCUUGGAGAUGGUCUACAGGAUGGCGUGUCAGGGUUUCUACAAACGCAUGCACGAGUUACAGAUCUAUGAGAAGCAGCGAUAUGGGCCCAUAUACAGAGACGGGUUCAAGUCGGUGUCUGUGAACACUCCACAGCUACUGGAGGAGGUCAUGAGGCACGAUGACAAGUUCCCCUGUCGAGGAGACAUGUCUCUGUGGAAAGAUUAUCGCGACAUGAGGGGAGUUGGAUAUGGACCUUUCACAGUGGAGGGGGAGCAGUGGCAGAACCUGAGGUCCACGUUGAACAAGCGCAUGCUGCACCCCAAAGACUCUGCACAGUACGGAGGAACCAUCAAUGAUGUGGUCACUGACUUCGUCAAGAGGAUCUACUUUCUACGCCAGUGCAGCCCCACGGGAGACCUGGUAACCGACAUGGCCAACGAGCUCCAUCAUUUCUCACUGGAGGGUAUCGCGUCCAUUCUGUUUGAGACGAGGCUCGGGUGUCUGGAGGAGGAGAUUCCUGAGGGCACCCAGGAUUUCAUCAGUGCCAUAGAGCAGAUGUUCACAAACAGCAUGGCCGUGGUGCUGACACCCAAGUGGAGCCGCAGUCUGCUGCCCUACUGGAAACGCUACAUCGCUGGCUGGGACGGCAUCUUCAACUUUGCUAAAGAGUUGAUUAAUAAGAAGAUGGAGGACAUUCAGCGGCGUGUGGACAGCAGCCAGGAUGUGGAGGGCGAAUACCUCACGUACCUCCUCUCAAACUCUCAGUUGAGCAUGAGGGACGUGUACGGCAGCAUCGCCGAGCUGCUGUUAGCGGGAGUGGACACGACAUCCAACACCCUCGCUUGGGCGUUGUACCUACUGUCCAGGGACCUUGAAAGCCAAGACCGACUUUAUAAAGAAGUGUCCUCAUUGGUGCCGGCAGAUCGAGUCCCCUCCACUGCUGAGAUCACGCACAUGCCAUAUUUAAGGGCCGUUAUCAAGGAAGCUCUGAGGAUGUAUCCCGUCGUCCCUAUGAAUGCAAGGAUCAUGUCAGAGGACGUCGCUAUUGGUGGAUAUGAAUUUUCAAAGAAAACUCCUUUCAUUCUCUGUCACUACGCGAUCAGUCACGACGAAGACACUUUCCCAGAACCGUUCACAUUCAGGCCGGAGCGAUGGCUGCGCGACGGCCGCAAGUUGCCCAACCCCUUCGGCUCCAUCCCAUUUGGCUUUGGCGUGAGAGGCUGCGUCGGCCGACGGAUCGCUGAGCUCGAGAUGUAUAUGCUCAUAUUUCAUCUCAUUCGCCUUUUUGAGAUCAAACCGGACCCAACGAUGGGAGAGUUAAAAUGCAUCAACCGCACUGUUCUGGUACCAGAUCAGCCGGUCAAUCUCCACCUUGUGGCCAGGAGACGCGAGGACGCAGGUUGACACGCGUUGGCAGACGGGUUGGCGUCGCAUGAUGUGAGUGAUGUAUUAUAAAUGAGUUCAAAGGUUGCAGCGGCUUUAAACGUGUAAACAAAUUAAAAUGGAUCUCUAAUAAAGUCA